AUGCAAAGACAGAGGAAGAUCACUAAUAUGGGGGUGAAAUCUGGAAAACAAGAAGAAAACAACGUUUCCACAUCUGCCGCUGCUAACAAUGAAGAAGGAGUAAUGGCCGACCCCACUCCACCGCCUGCUCUUGCGCCAGUACAACCAGUCCAGUCUUUGGACGUCGAUAGUCUGGUGGAAAGAAUCACCGCAGAGGUAUUGAAAGCUUUGGAGGCCUCACUGGACAAAAAGAUUGACCCUGUCCUGCUAAAAACGCAAACGUGCACGUCUGACAUUGCCUCGCUAGACACAAGAAUCUCCGGUGCAGAGCAGCGCAUAUCCGUGCAGAAAGACGUGACUGAGAGCCAUCAUGCUAAACUUUCUGAGAUGGAGUUGAAACUGGAGGCCGCACUUGAGAAGAUUGAUGAUUCGGAAAAUAGGGGCAGGAGAUGUAAUCUUAGUAUUGUUGGCCUUGAGGAAGGCAGUGAGGGGACAAACCCAGUGUCCUUUUUUAAGUCAUGGCUGCCUGCGCUUGUCGGUGAGAGUGAUAAUUUCAAAGGAGGCGUUGUUAAGAUUGACCGCUGCCACCACGCUCUCUCCCGUCGCCCUCCCGCAGGACAAAGACCACGAGCGGUCAUCAUGAAGCUCCACAACUUCCAAGAUAAGACAUCGCGGGGAGGAAAAGCUCUUCAGGCACCCAGCGGAUGCAACCGGCUUUCUGGACGGGCUGAUGGGUGCGAGGAUGCCAUCACCAGCCUCUUCUUAAUCCUCUACAUGCGCAGUUUACUACUGGAUAUGGCAGCUCUGGCUGUCAAUAUGACGAAUAGAGUGUCUGAAUGUGGGGUGCGAUUUGUGGACGAUUGCUCCAAGGUCUUGGGGUCGAAAAAGGUUCUCAGUACCAGCACCAAGGACAGCACCAGCACUGAGAACAUCACAGCGAUGACUAAGCCCAAACAGUCGGGCCAGUGCCCCAUCUGCCUCAAAGUGUUGAUGGACAUAAGCAAACACAUCCGCGAGGUGCACCGCAUUCGAAACCAAACGGAGAGGAGCAUUUUAAACGGCAUAUCCUUUGGCAGGAUUUACAUGCAACAGGGGCUAUGCCCGGUCCCAGGGUGUGGUGUCUUUAGGAGACGCCUCUCCACACAUUUAGAGGGCCACGGUGAGCUCUCCCCCGGCAGAAGGGAGUCCUUCAAGCAGGUAGCCCGCAGGGAUGCCGCGUUGAAGCGGCUGUCAGAGCUGCGGGCUACCAACCCUCAACCUCCCAUGGCCUCUGUGUUGGAUCUUGAAGACAGCCUUGCCUCUGAAUGCCGGCACCCGUCCUGCAUUCAGAGGGAGUUUAGGAUCCGGGAGAUGGAGAGCAGUGACGACGAGCCAAAGGUCGCCCUGGACCCCGAGGAUCCAAAGGUCGCCCUGGACCCCGAGGAGCCAGUGGUCACUCAGGACCACACCGAGGAGCCAACGGUCGCCCUGGACCCCGACAAGCCAGCUGGGACCUAUUUCAGUGACUCGGGGUACUGCGGACGCCCCCUUGUGGCGACUCUCGGGAUAAAGUUCCGCAGGUAG